GCAGAAACACAAUCAAUCACUUCUUCCUCAUCUUCUUCGAACAUCAAACAUUUUCUUAUAAGCCGGUGAAAAUUAUCCGGUGAAACAAUGGCGACUCCGGCAUGGAGUCAUGCCAGGGGUCAAUGGGUAGUAGCCAUUUUGGCGUUACUUGUUGGCUCGGCUAUGGCUACCGAACCUUACUAUUAUAGCUCUCCUCCUCCACCGUAUGAGUAUAAAUCUCCACCGCCUCCCGUUGAAUCUCCUCCACCUCCUUAUGAAUACAAAUCUCCUCCCCCUCCGGUUAAGUCUCCACCACCACCGUAUUACUAUCAUUCACCGCCGCCGCCGGUGAAAUCCCCUCCCCCUCCUUAUGUUUACCACUCUCCUCCUCCUCCGGUGAAGUCUCCUCCACCUCCUUAUGUAUACCACUCUCCUCCUCCUCCGGUAAAGUCUCCUCCACCGCCAUAUUACUACCACUCUCCUCCUCCUCCGGUGAAGUCUCCUCCACCACCAUAUUAUUAUCACUCUCCACCACCACCAGUGAAAUCUCCUCCUCCUCCUUACUAUUAUCAUUCUCCACCUCCUCCGGUCAAGUCUCCACCACCGCCAUAUUACUACCACUCUCCACCUCCUCCGGUAAAGUCUCCACCACCACCUUACUACUACCAUUCUCCACCUCCUCCG